UAUAUAGUAAUCGCGCGAAUUCGUUUUACAGUCAAUCAGGACGCACUUGUCGUCGGACUUCGUCGCACCGAAAAAACUCACUGCUAGCUAGCAUGACUGGUCGAGCACGAGCUAGAGCCAGAGGCCGCGCACGUGGUCAGGAGACAGCGCCCCCAGGGCCGCCAGCGCCGCCUCCGACAGCUGAAGGAGAGCUAGUGGGAAGAGGACGGCAGAAGGGAGCUCCUGGGGCUGUGACUGAAGAAGCUGUUCAGCAGAUCUCAGUUGGGUUUCGGCAGGUGAAACUUGGAGAGCGAGGUGGCCGCAGAAGAGACUUCAAUGAUGCAGGCAUUAAUACCCGCCAGACUAUGGAACAUGUCAAAGAGUCCAAAAAAGGGACUUCUGGAUCCCAAAUUGCACUGUCGGCCAACUUUUUUCGGAUCUUGUCUCGCCCUGAGUGGGUGCUUUACCAGUACCAUGUUGACUUCGAUCCCCCUGUCGAGGAUCGGCGCCGUCGAUUUCGCCUCGUCUCCCAGCAGGAGCAAACAUUGGGACCAGCCCGUAGCUUUGAUGGAGCAAUACUUUGUCUGCCAAUUGUUCUUCCAGAUAAGCAAACCAAGCUGCAGAGUGAAACCAGGACUGGAGAAAAGGUUGAAGUCACCAUCACCCUGACAAAUGUGCUGCCACCAUCAUCACCUGUCUGCAUUCAGUUUUACAACAUCAUAUUCAGAAGAAUUUUGAGGAUUCUUGAGAUGCAACAGAUUGGACGUAACUACUACAACCCAAAGGAUGCAAAUGAGAUUACCAGACACAGGCUGACAAUCUGGCCAGGGUACACCACCACCAUCCUGGAGUACGAGUCAGCCAUCAUGCUGUGCACUGAUGUCAGUCAUAAGGUGCUCCGCAGUGAGACCGUCUUGGAUUUCAUGUUUAACCUGAGGGAACGGUGCGGUGGAAGUGCAAACUUCACUGAUAUCUGCACUAAAGAGCUGAUUGGUCAGGUUAUACUCACAAAGUACAACAACAAAACCUACAGGAUUGACGACAUCGCUUGGGAUCACACUCCCAAAAACACAUUCAAAAAGGGCGAGACGGACAUGUCCUUCUUGCACUACUACAAGACUCGCUAUGACCUGGACAUCAGGGAUCAUAACCAGGUUCUUCUGGUUAGCCAUGUAAAGAAGGCUCCAGCUGGAGCGCCUCCUCCUGGCCCAGCUUUGCUCAUUCCUGAGCUGUGCUACCUCACAGGGCUGACUGACAAGAUGCGAUCAGAUUUCCAGGUCAUGAAGGACUUGGGCCAAUACACCAGACUGGGUCCAGAGCAGAGGCUGGGGCGCCUUAACAAAUUCAUCAAUGCAAUUCAGACGAAUCCCGAAGCUCAAGCAGAGCUGGACAAGUGGGGUCUUCGUUUUGAUAAGGAGCUCCUUCAAAUGCAAGCUCGGGUUCUCCCUGGCGAGAAGAUCAUCCAAGGAUCAAGAAUGUACGAGUUCAACCCGUGGACUGCUGAUUGGUCCAGAGAAAUGCGUGGGAUUCCAGUGAUGAGAUCGCCACAGUUGAACAACUGGCUCGUGUUCUACACCAAGCGGAGUGUCAAUGAAGCCCAGGCCCUCCUGCAGACACUCAACAAGGUGUCUGGUCCAAUCGGUAUUCGUCUUCAAAGAGCGACAAUGAUUGAGUAUGACGACCAUCAAGAAAUGCUCCUCAGAGCAUUGCAGCAUAAUGUCAGCCCCCAAACCCAAAUGGUGCUCGUGAUCCUCAGCAGCAUCAGGAAAGACAAGUACGAUUGUGUGAAGAAGUACCUGUGUCUGGACUGUCCCACUCCUAGCCAGUGUGUGGUGGCUCGCACACUCUCCAGACCUCAGGCCCUCAUGACUGUUGCCACCAAGAUAGCCCUGCAGAUGGCCUGCAAGAUGGGAGGAGAGCUGUGGAGUGUGGAGAUUCCUCUGAAGCAGCUGAUGAUUGUUGGCAUUGAUUGCUACCACGACACCUCAACCCAGAAACGCUCCAUCGGCGCGCUGGUGGCGAGUCUCAACCCCUCCAUGAGCAGGUGGUACUCUAAGUGUGUGCUGCAGCACAGAGGGCAGGAGAUCAUGGAUGGGUUGAAAAUGCCUUUGAAAGCUGCCCUCAAAGACUACCUGAAGUUCAACAACUCGCUCCCUUCACGGAUCAUUGUGUACCGUGAUGGUGUCGGAGAUGGUCAGCUGCACAGUGUCGUCCACUAUGAAGUUGCUCAGAUCUUGGAGUCCAUCAAGUCCAUGGGCCCAGACUACACGCCGAAGCUGAGUGUUGUGGUGGUGAAAAAGCGCAUCAACACCAGACUGUUCGCUCACAUCAACGGGAGCCUGUCCAACCCUCCGCCUGGAACCAUCGUAGACUCUGACGUCACCCGCCCUGAGUGGUAUGACUUCUUCAUCGUCAGCCAGGCAGUCCGCCAGGGAACAGUGUGCCCGACACACUACAACGUGGUGUACGACACCAGCGGCCUGAAGCCCGAUCACAUGCAGAGGCUCACCUACAAACUCUGCCACAUGUACUACAACUGGCAGGGCAUCAUCGCCGUGCCUGCUCCCUGCCAGUACGCUCACAAGCUGGCUUUCCUUGUGGGUCAGAGCCUGCACAAGGAGCACAACACACACCUGGACAAUCUCCUUUUCUACUUGUAGUUGCAUACAAGUAUCCUACUUUGGUUUAUUAGCUUGAGUUCACUUAACUGUUGUUGCCUUAUGAGCCAUACUUGGAUAACGUGUUGAGUUAAAGUAUCUUUACUGUUGGCUCUUUGCCGUUUGAAUUUAAUUUCAAUCUCUGAUUGACAAAAGGUAAAAGUCACUUCUUCGUUGUGUACCUUGUGUUGUACCACAUGAAUGUGGUUCCUUGAUCUGUCAAGUUCUGUUGUUCAAUAAAACAAAUUAUGCCACCGUUAAAAAAUAUUAAAAUUUAUUU